AUGGUCUCAAACAAGCCCCCAAAAGCCUUGUAUGAGAAGCUGCAUCAGUUCUUAGUUGAACAAGUAUUUCACAGAGGCAAGGUUGAUAAUACUCUUUAUGUGAAAACUCAUCAAAAACAGUUUCUAAUUCUGCAAAUCUAUGUUGAUGAUAUCAUGUUUUGUGGCUCGGACACCUCAUUAGCUUCAGAAUUUGCUAAUCUUAUGAUGACAAGGUUCGAAAUGUCACUUUUGGGGACUCUCAGAUACUUUCUUGGUCUUCAAAUUACACAAACAUCCUCUGGAAUCUUUAUCUCUCAGCAAAAGUAUGCCUCAGAGCUACUUAAAAAGUUCAAAUUGGAUAAUUGUAAGGCUAUUUCAACACCACUUGUCCUAAUACCAAACUCUCACUGGAGUGCACCACUGAAGCUAUUCCUUCAACACUUUACAGGUCAAUCAUUGGUAGUUUGCUCCUUCUCAGAUGCUGAUUGGGGUGGAUUUUUACCUGACCAAAAAAGUACCUCUGGUUAUUGCUACACUCUUGGUUCAAAUAUGGUUUCUUGA